AUGGAUGAGUUGGAACAUCGUUGGAAUAAUCUACGGUUGUCAGAGGAGGAAGAAGUGGUCCUGGAUUUCCCCUUCGGGGAGGCUGAGGAUGUGCAAAGAAAGGGUCAACGGAAUCUCAUUGGGAGGAUUUGUCUGGAACGUGUGGUAGGGAAGGAGAUAGUCAGUAACGCCAUGGGUAAAAUUUGGAAGAUAAGCAAGAGAGCAAAAUUUCAAGAAGUAGCAAAGAAUACAUUUGUGUUAACCUUUACUACUCAUGCAGAUAAAGACAGAAUCUUGGAGGGAAGACCAUGGCUGUUUGAUAAUGGCCUUUUUGCUCUUCGACCCGAUGAUAGUACCAUACAACCCUCACAGAUCAUGUUCGAGUCUGAAGCCUUCUGGGUUCAGAUUCACAACUUGUCGUUGGGACAAAUGACAAGGGAUUAUGGACUGCUUAUUGGGGCAUUAGUAGGACGAGUGCUUGAAGUUGAUACUGCAGAAGAUGGUAUCGGCUGGGGAAAGUUCCUGCGGGUGAAGCUAGAAGUUUCUUUACACAAACCGAUUGCUCGUGGACGGUUUGUUAACUCUUAUGGCAAGAAGUUAUGGGUGCAAUUUCAGUAUGAAAAACUCCCUUGA